AUGACAACAAAAGAAGCUUUGGCAAAAUGGGAAGAAAAAACGCAGCAAAAAGCUGCAGAAGCAAAAGAAGUUUUACUCUAUGGACAAUUUCCACCAAUUGAUAAAAUGGAUGCUUCUAUUUCAACAUUAGUCAAUUGCGAAAAAUUAUCUUUAUCAACAAAUCUAAUUGAAAAAAUAGCCAAUCUUAAUGGUUUAAAAAAUUUAAAAAUUCUUUCACUUGGUCGAAAUUUAAUAAAAAAUCUUGUUGGUUUGGAAGCUGUUGGUGAUACACUUGAAGAAUUAUGGAUAUCGUAUAAUCAAAUUGAAAAAUUAAAAGGUAUUGGUGGAAUGAAAAAAUUAAAGGUACUCUAUAUGAGUAACAAUGCUGUUAAAGAAUGGGGCGAAUUUCAAAAAUUAGCAGAAUUACAAACACUUCAUGAAUUGGUUUUUAAUGGAAAUCCAUUGCAUGAUAAAUUCUUAGAAGAUAAUGAUGGUAAACAAGAAAUUUGGCAAGCUGAAGUUCAAAAACGUUUAAAACCAUUAAAAAAACUUGAUGGUUUACAUAUUAUUCGUGAUGCACCCGAAGGUGGUGAAUAA